AUGCUCGACCUGGACAAUGACUACAUUGACUACAUUGACAACGAGGACAAUAUCAUGCGGGACAACAUCAACAAUGAUGACCAGAAUGAGGACAGCAUGGACAGUGAUGAUCAGAACGCGAAUGAGAUCCCCAGCGAGCACAGCGAAGUCUCCAUCAACCGUCCUACAGUCACCACACAGGCGAGCCCUAAUGUGUUCCCCUUCAUGCGUCUACCUGCUGAGGUCCGCGAACACGUGUAUGAAUGGGCCUUGGGUUCCCCGAUCCAUAUUGUGCACAUCAACGAGACUUCCACGGUCAGCGACAUCUCAGGCCGGAGACAGGCUGCUGUGUGGUGCUGGGGCGAGGUGUCCACGGACAUCCACAGGCUGUCCACUGCUUCGCGCCGGCGAAACAUGGCGUCACGAACCAUCAAUCCCGCCCUCCUGCGUUCCUGCCGCCUGGUCUAUUGCGAGGGCCUUCGAUUCCUCUAUAUGCAGAGAUUCCACUUCCUCAACGCCCAGGCCAUGCAGACCUUCCUGCUCACCCUCCAUCACAACACCGUGACCAAGCUGCGACACGUGGAGCUCUACAGACGCACGCCGGCCAGGGCAGAAGACCCAAUGGUCUUGUCAGCCCUGGCUUCCCUCACUCGUGCAGUCAACCUGCAGGUUGUUCGUGUCCAUGGACUUUGGUUCUACGGACAGCAGGGCAGAGGAUUCCGGUAUGACCUGGGUCCUGUGCCUGCCAAUGGCAUGAUGGGACCUUCCGCCUGGGAUAUUCUCGUCGGCAGAAACCUGGCCCGGGCAGCCUAUCGCCAGAUGUACCCAUUUCUGCAGUGCUUCCUACGCAGUCAGAACCGCGGGGCGAAUCUGCUGCAAGAGCUCCUCAACGGCGUCUUUAUUUUCGAGGACAUCAUCAGGGAUGGCCCUCGAGUGUAUGGGAACGAGAUUCAACUGGGAAUGGCGGUGGUCCACUCGCCAAAUCUGGUUGUUGCUGGAGCAUUUUGGACCGAUGCGCGCAGGGCUGCGACGCGCCAGGCCAUGGCCAUGGAGAUUCUUCGCUGCGUUCGGUUGGAUUCCUAG